AUGUCCCACACACAUUCCCACGAUCACGGUGACGGCCACGGCCACGGCCACUCCCACGACUUCAACUCCCAAAGCGGCUUCAACGCCCAAGAGCACGGCCACAGCCAUGAAAUCCUCGAUGGGCCCGGUAGCUAUCUAGGCCGCGAGAUGCCCAUUGUUGAAGGAAGGAACUGGGAUGAGAGGGCUUUUACUAUUGGUAUUGGCGGACCCGUAGGCUCCGGCAAAACAGCCCUCAUGCUCGCCCUCUGCCUCGCCCUCCGCAAAUCUUAUUCGCUAGCGGCCGUAACAAACGACAUCUUCACGCGCGAAGACGCCGAGUUCCUCACGCGCCACCAGGCCCUGCCCCCCUCUCGCAUCCGUGCCAUCGAAACAGGCGGGUGUCCCCACGCCGCCGUGCGCGAGGACAUCUCCGCCAACCUGGCUGCGCUCGAAGACCUGCACGCGCAGUUCGACACCGAUCUGCUGCUCAUCGAAUCCGGAGGAGAUAACCUCGCUGCUAACUACAGUCGGGAGCUGGCGGAUUUUAUUAUUUAUGUUAUUGAUGUUUCGGGGGGAGACAAGGUUCCCAGAAAGGGCGGGCCGGGGAUCACGCAGAGUGAUUUGUUGGUGGUCAACAAGACGGAUUUGGCGGAGGCGGUGGGGGCGGACUUGGGGGUUAUGGAGCGGGACGCGAGGAAGAUGAGGGAGGGCGGGCCGACGGUUUUCGCGCAGGUGAAGAAGGGGGUCGGUGUUGAGCAUAUUGUUGGACUGAUGCUGAGCGCGUGGAAGGCUAGUGGGGCGGAGGAGAAUAGGAGGAGGAAGGGGGGGCCGAGGGCUACGGAGGGGUUGGAGGAGUUGGAGGGGCAGGCUUCCGCUUGA